AUGGCGAGCUUCCUGCAAGCGGACCUGCCUUCUGACGAUGAGGCAGACGAGGAUUUCAACCCAGAGGAGGGAAAUUCACAGGCUUCUCGGGACGUCGAGGAUGCCAAGGCUGGGCGAUUAGGUCUCGGAAAGAAGGGCGAGUCUGCCCACGGGAAGGCUGCCCGCCGAGAGCGAGUGGACGCCCUGUGGCAGCAGCUGAAUGCUGGCAACGGCAAGAAGGCUAAAUUAGAUGGUGCCACUGCAAAAGUCCAUCCUGAUACGCUUUACGGCGAGGAAAGGGUGAUUGAGACGCGUAGGUUUGCGGGAAAGGACGUGACGGUGAGCAGGUCGGUGCCGAGCGGCGGAGCAGCCGCCAGCACCUCGGGCGCCGCAGGCCAUGCGGCGCCAGACAAGAAGGGGGGCCUGGAUGCUAUGCUGGCCUCCCUGGCAGGUCCCAAGAAGGUGAAUGUGUUGGACAAGACCCGGUCAGACUGGACGGAGUUCAAAGCCGGGGACGAGGCCAUCGAUGCGGAGCUGGAGGCGCACAAGCGGUCGGGCAGCCAGUAUUUGGAGAAGCAGGCCUUCCUGCAAGAAGCAGACGUGCGGCAGUACGAGGCGGAGAGGGACCUGCGCAUGCGAGGGCGAUGA